AUGUACGACGGGGAGAAGAUGGAGGGCAAUUAUGGGCUGUGGGAUCAGGUGAUGGCCCUCCAAUGGAUCCAGGCCAACAUCAAGCAGUUCAACGGCGACCCCACCCGAGUGACCGUCAUGGGGGAAAGUGCUGGAGCUGCAGCCGCUUCCGCAUUGGCGUUGAGUCCAAAAACUACUACCCUCCUCCACCAGGCCAUCAUCAUGUCCGGGAGCAGCGGUGCGGGCUGGGCCCUGCACCGCCAUGGCACCCCCCAGUGGAGCGUCGACCACAUGGCCUCGUACUUGAGGAGCGUCCCCUUCAGAACCCUCCAUCAGGCCCUCAGGCGCAUGCACAAGUGUGAAAAAGCGAUCAGCGAAGAAGAUGCGGCUGAAAUUGUUGGGGAUGACUAUUCGAAAGAUGAAGUCAUGUCCAAGCACUGUAACUACCAGGAUCAACAGAUUGAUUGCUUGAAGAAUACCGACCUGAAAGCCAGCGAGCUGAUGGAUUGCAUGAGGAAAGAACUGAACCUGACGUCGGCUUUGUUGCGUAAAGCCUUGGCCAUUGAGCUUGGCGUCUCCAAGCUAGUCGUUGAUGGUGACUUGGUACCAUCAGCCGGCCCUGAGCUCCUCCUCAAUGCCAGGAUCCCGAUUCUAACCGGAGUUGCACGCAGAGAAUGGGCCCAUAAGAAACCGCAAUUCUAUUCCCUUCCCAAGAACAACAGCUUGGCGCGAAAGGACGUGGAAACGGCAGUGUAUCGCAUUAUAGAGAACUCGUUCCACGUUGGGGCUAAUGAUCGGUUAUCGAACGCCACUCUCCAUUUGAUCGCAAAUGCAUCAUUCGUGCGGUAUAUGGACGACCCGUCAAAUACCUACGAAACUGGACGAGUGGUUCAUGCUUUGCAAAACAUGGAAGCCGAUAUCGAGUUUGUAUCCCCGUGCCAACGUGAAAUCAACGCUUACGCGCAGAACGGGGUUCCGGUCUACGUCUACUCGUUUGAUUACGUCCCAGAAAGCCCGAUUUAUGAAGAGGAAAUGAAGACAUUCCAUCUUUUUGGCAAGGACCCGAUCAAGGUGGAGCGACGGGAUGGCGGGGAAAAACGUCUCGACGCCUUUCACGGCCUUGACCACGCCUAUAUCUUCUCAAAGGGCUACAGCAGCAAUUUUGAGAUAAAACCUUUUACGAAAAAGGACGAAACCCUGUCGACAAUGCUAACCAAUAUGCUGACGAAUUUCGUGAAAACCGGCGACCCCUCGACAAAACGCUUCACAUUCCCACCCUUCACUAAUGAGAGCAGCCAAUAUGUGUCCAUCAACGUGCCGCCAAAAAUCGAAAACGGCGAUCUCCAUUGGCCAAGCCCGAAAUUUUGGAACGUUGAAGCGGAAUUGAUCUCAAAAUAUGUGCCCAGAGACGGGGAUACAGUCGCGGAUCCUGAUGCCGAUUUGACGAAUGAGGAACGGGUUCAGCUCGGCGCCUAUCGACGAGCCUGGUGGGCCCUCUGGGUCCUGGUGAUCAUUCUGGCGGUCGUUAUCUGGGGCAUCGUUGCCUAUUGUAUCCUCAGAAAGCAGUGUUCAGUUCGAUCAAAACCCUACGAUAACAUCGUGGUACCGCGC